AUGCCCCAAGUCAAAUACCAGCUUGUAGUAUCUGUUAGAACAACGGUGCGACGGCGCGGGGCGCGUUUGUCCACGGGCGUAGCGAUGCCCGUAAGGGACAAUCGCGUGCAGGGCCUCCGGCCCCCGGCUACUCGCGCGCCCGAGCUUUCGAGCUCGUUCCUGACCACGCGGGUCGGCAUGUUUCAACAGUAUCUAUGCUGUCAGGCCAAGCUUCAAAUUAAAAAGUCUACUAGCUUAACUCAAAAACACUCUGCUCUCCUCGUCGACGUCUGGCAACCCUCGAGUCUGAUCAACUCGAGAUUCCGACUUGUCGACACCUUCAAGACCGUUAGCAUCUCAUUUCCAACUGAGAUGCCUUACAACCUGCGAUCUCGCCGGGCUUACUCGUCGCCGGCCGCGCCUGCGUCCAGCCCGAUGGUACCUGGUAAGUUCCAUGUUGCUAAAACUGAGAACGUUGACCCUGCGCUUGACAGGGAGGACGGUCUCUCGGACCACGACAGCGUCCACUCCGGUGGGCGCUCGUCAACGAGUGUUCGGCGCGGGCUGCUAUACAGCCGUGUCGUCACUCCAGAACAGUCGGCGGCGCCUGGCGCCCCGACGGAGGGCUCCGCUGUCGGCUCAGUCGACAUGAGCUUGGAUUCAGUGCGCGGCACCGACCUCGGUCGGAAAGCGGCACUGUACGCCCGAGGUGUGAAGGGCGCGUUCCUUCCUACUGACGGUGAUUAUCCGGACAGCGGGGGACGCUGGCACACUGUCACGCGCUCCCGCCGCAGCCGGAGCCUUGAUCCUAUGGACAAGGAUAAUGUGUAUAGGUUAGCUACCGAGGAAAAUACACAUGUUUUGACAACCAACCAGAGGGAAGUCAUUAGGACUGCCGAGGGUGAGCUUCGCCCGGCAGAGCAGGAACACAUCAACAGACGGUUCCGAGUGGUUCACGAGAGACGCAAUCGCGAGCGUCCUGAAUCAAAAGAUGAGGGACCAUCCACGAGGAUGGACAAAGGCAAGGGUAUUGAUCCUCGCAAUUGGGGUAAUGCAGAGAUCCCUCCGGAGGAUCUUGACAUAGAAGCUCAGAAACGAGCCUACGCGAUCCUGGCCAAUCCAAUGGCCUUGUUCUUGGAUGAGGCGGGCAAUCCAUUGAGUAUUGAUGAGCAACGGGAGGCCCUGGAAUAUUGGGGUGGUCUUCGUAAGGUGCCCCAGUCCGGCGCGAGUGUUUCUACAGAAAACAAUGGUCGUCCUGCUGGCGCUUCUACCAACGGGGUGUCAGUGGAUACCGGCCGGCCGCCAGAGAACGCGAUACAGACGUCACCUGCUCCUCUGUCAGCGGAAGUUGAUCCUGGCCGGGAAGCAUUGGAACAAGAGAUUUCGAUGUUGAAAUCUCAGCUCACUGAACUUCAAGUCUCUCAUGGCGGGUCGUCUCGUUCUUCAGAGGACUCGUCUUCAGAUGAUGAUGAGGGACGUCCGUCAGCGGCUUUGACGGGGCGGCGUAAGACGAGUGAGAGGCGAUCGAAGCAACGUACGAAGCGUGUUCCGAUAAUGAAACCGCCUGAGCCGGAAAAGUACAAUGGUGCCCCCGAUGCUCCUGCUUUUCAUAAAUUCAUGACAGAGAUGGGGGAUUACAUCGAGGGCUACGGCCUCGCUCCUGCGAGGCAUGCGGUCACCGUAUCAUACUUCCUCAAAGGAAAGGCUUACGAUUUCUAUGUGUCCACGGUGUCGAGGGAUCCGUCGACGUGGAAGUUGGAGGACCUUUUCGAGGGUCUCUUCAACUUUUGUUUCCUGCCGGACUUUCGGAUGCGGAUGCGGGACAAGUUUGAUUCCUGUAAACAAGACAGCCGGUCAGUGCGCGAAUUUGCAUAUGAGGUUGAGACCUUAGCCAACUGGGCUGGGAUUUGGUCCGACCGGGAGCUGGUGUCUAAGCUUUGGCGAGGGCUCGCUUUCCGUCUGCAACAGGGGCUCUGGAGGGCUCGUUUGAACCCAUCAGUUUCCAGCUGGGAUGAGGUGCUUGAAGCCGCCGAAGCCGAGGAGCUCGCGCUCGGUGUGGGGAGUGGCAACAUCAAGACCCCGCUGUAUAGUGGGGCGUUCCGCCCCCAGGUGCGGGAAAAGACGUCCGAGCCGGCGCGUUCUUCGCGUCCGAUGGCAGGGCAUGGCUCAGCCUCGCGGGCGGUCUCCUGGGACACUAACAAACCUGCGCGGGCAUAUGAUAAUAAGUCAGCACGUCCCGCGUCAGCAACCAAGCGGUCGGCGGUACCGCACCUCUCUGAUCGCGAAAGGGCGGAGUUGCAGGCCGCAGGCAAGUGCUUUGGGUGCCGACAGCCAGGACACCUGAGUCGCAAUUGUCCGGAGGCAAACCGCGUGAAGUCUGCCCGUAAGGGGAGGCCUCCAGGGGUGACGUCAUUCAGUGUUGAGCCUGCCUUUGGUGAUCUGAGUGCCCUCGCAGCAUCCACAGCUCGCAUUGACGAGCUGGAGCUCCACUAUAUAGCACUUGGUGAUUUUGGCCGCCCGUUGGGUUAUCUGGAACAAGAGCCUGAUGGUGAUGAGGAGUCUGACUGCCCGAGUCUAUGCUCGGUCUCUGAUAGCUCCGCUAGCGAGCUUGCGCGGUUGGAUGAGGAUGAGGAGCUCGUAGCGAGAAACGAGGCAUUUGCUGUGCGGUACCUUCCUUGUACCUCACGGGACGGUCGCCCGUAUGUCCGGCUUGGCGACCUGUACAGUCAGAACGCGGCACGGGUGCUUGCUCAAAGCUACCCGUACUGCUGCCUGCCGCCUAGUCGGGAGGAUAACCCGCUGCAUCAGUUCUGCGUGUAUCAAACAACAGAAACUGAGCACGUGGUAUGCUACGAGCGGCGUCCCCUGUGUGACCCGGGGCCGCUACUUGAAUCAAGGCUGCUACGGCAGCCAUCGUUCGAUAUUGCGGCCUGGUUCCAUCGGGAUGCUGCUGAACGUCUGUUUCAGCAUGGUCCAGAAUGUUCCUUAGUGGGUCCAGCCGGACUGGUUGGCACUGAGGCUCUCGCUGAUGGGGUGCAGCAUUUACUGGAGGAGCACAUUGAGCUUCCGGUUGAGGACACUGAAUGGAGUGGUUCGGGGGAGCGCUUUGUCUGCCAUCAGCAGGAGGAUCAUGUGGGAGUUAUCGAUACCUACCUUGCUUUCGAGCUGCGGCUUCCCUCAGAUAUGUUAGAAAACCCUCGGUUGGAUCUACCCAACCUAUAUGCAUGCUAUGUUCAUCGUAGCUUGGGUCCAGUGCAGUUCACCACUGAUGACCUUGAUGGCGAGUUGCUGUGGCUGUUUGCGGCGCAAUUACCGAGCGGGAAUGACGAUGAGUUCAUUGCCCAUAUCGAGCUCAUGGCCAAUCACUCACCCCGUCCGGACACAGUGCCGGCUAUACAGCGGAAUGCAGGCACUCCGCGGGACUUUAAACAGAUUAUUCCGGAGCCAGUUGUGGUUGUUGUGGAUGUCAAUGGGCAUCCUGCGCGUGCGCUGUUGGACACUGGCUCGUUGGCGGACUUCAUGUCUGCUCGGCUGGCCCAUCAGCUUGGCGUGAAAAUCUUUGAGUUGGAAAAACCUUUGCCGGUGCAUCUUGCCGUGCAGGGUUCUCGCUUGAAGAUCAAUUUCGGCUGCACUGCGCAGUUGCAGUAUCAGACUGUCAAGUCGCAGCGGUAUUUCGAUGUGAUUAACUUACAGAAUUAUGAUCUGAUUCUUGGAACCCCAUUCCUGUAUCAGCAUCGUGUCGCUGUGGGAUUGAACCCCAUAACGGUAGAGAUUGGCAGUGCGACUGUGCUCCCACUCACAGGGAAACAACUCCGUGUGCUGGAGUCACGAGCAGCUGAUCUUGUGGAGGAUCACCUGGAGCGGGCUCGCCAGUUUCUGCAUCAAUAUGCGGCACCGAUCUGCAAGGAUGCAAGUGACUCACCAUUGCCACCUCUGCGGGCUAUCAAUCAUACGAUCCCACUGAAGGAUGACACAAAAGUAUACCAUUGGCAACCUUCCAAGUGUCCCGAUGCCUUGCGACCGAUCUGGAAUGAAAAGCGGGAGGCUUACCUUCAUUCUGAUACAAUGGUCUAUACUCCUAUAUCGAUGCCUGACUCGUAG